AUGGGUCAGAAAGAUAAAUUUGGUGGCCUCAAAUUUCAGUAUAAUUCAUCGCCUCCUGGAGAAGCAGAAGAAAUAAUGAAUGCAGUAUUGUCUGGUUUAGUAAAAACUGAGCAUAGUCAUCAUCACCAUCAUCAUACAGUACCGCAUAGCAGCGAGAGAGUUCCUUGUUCAACUACUACAAUGAUGGACGUUUCACAUAAUUACGUACACCAAUCAUCUAGAUAUCCCCCUUAUUCACCUUAUCAAGCACAAUAUUAUUACCCGCAGUCCCAAUCAGUCUCACCAACAUAUUACCCUCAACAUCCGCCAUUUUCCAGCAAUUAUCAAUCCACUUUAUCAUCACAUACACUUCCAUCAAUACCAUCAACUGUUUACCAGGUCCAAGGAGGGUCACCUCCAGAUAUAGACGGAAUCAGCGAUGAACAGCUUGAUAAAACUCUCAAAGAUCUCGGACUGUUGGAACCUAGCAGACCAAAGGUAGCUGGUACCACACCACCGUCUCAUAUCAACGUUCACCACCAACGACAUCAUUUACAGCCGUCCUCUUCAUGUCCAUCUCAUAGCAUGUGCAAAGAUAAUUUGCCUUAUGUUAAUAAUCAACUUGAUUAUUCCAACUUAACACCCCCAUAUGGUCGCAGGGAAUGA